AUGGCAGAUUAUUCCCUGCUUCAAGAACGCACCGCAGUUCCUGAACAUCGGAUCUGGGGCGCCUGCGGAUUGGCUACUGAUCGAUUCAUCGACGGCCUUGCUUUGGCAGCAGCUCUACUGGGUGUUGCAUCCGCGUCAAUCCUGUUGGUGUUUGCGGAGAGGGAGCUAACUCCGUAUGCUGCGGCCUUCAAUCGUUUGGGGUUCGCAACCAUUAUCUUCGUGGUCUGGAACAUUGGCCAGAGCUUCUUGUACCAACUCGGAGACGGGACUGCAACAGCUCCAGCCCGGCCUCUUCGUGCGGCAAGUGGAGCAGAUGUCGCGCUGUUUUUCACUGCCGGCCUUGCCUUCUCCAGCUCUUUGAGCAUCUGGGCCUGGUCCUUGACUCAAACCAGCGUGGCCAAUUCUACUCUGCUCCACAACAUGAUGCCGAUCUUUACCACCCUUGGCGCCUGGUUGUUCUUCCGGCAAACCUGCAGCCGAAAGUUUCUGCUGGGGAUGGCUGUUGCCAUAGCAGGCGUUACAGUCAUCGGCGUGGAGGACUUCCAGGUGAACCGUGGCCACCUUGGUGACGCGGCCGCGCUGCUGGCAGCGCUCCUUUCAUCCGUGAACAUCCUGGUCGUAAAGCAGCUCCGCCAUCAUUUCGAAGCACCCACGAUCAUGAUGUGCACCUGUGGCAUCGGCAGCAGCUUCUUGUUCAUCCUCCUCCAGGUUCUCGAAGAUCAGGUCUUUCCCAGAACUUCAGUGGCGUGGUGCGCUGUCCUUUGCUUGGCCCUUUUUCCGCAAGCGCUGGGUCAAGGCCUUCUGGCUUACAGCCUCAAGCAGUUUUCUGCAAGCCUGGUGGCAGUCUCUAUGUUAACUGUCCCUGUGAUUGCUGCGAUUCUCGCUCGAUUUCUCUUUGCGGAGCAGCUGACGCUACUGAACUGGGCGGCAUUUGGCGUCGUGCUGCUGGGUAUCUACCUGGCAGUCUCAGAUUCCUGA